AUGGGACUGGACAGAACUACACUUGCGACAACGAGAGGCUUCGGAGAUGCCAUUCAAGAAACCGUUGGGUUUAAUUGCCAAAUCUGCGAGCAAUGUGACAGCAGUCGGAUGGUGUUAUGUGAUAAUUGCUCCCUAUGGCAUCACUAUGAAUGUGUAGGUGUAACCGAUCAGAUAGAGGAUGAAAACGUUCCGUGGAGCUGCCAAAAAUGCAAUAAAAAGAUGAAGCGCUCCAAAAAGGGCUUUCAAGAUGCAGCAUCCUCGAAUCUACCGGGCCCAAGCAAACCAACAAGCAAAGCAGAUAUGCCAUUGGAGACACGUGAGCAGAUAAGAGCAAAUCGAACAUCAAAGGUAGGCUCGGUUUGUUCCCGAGGAUCGGCGAAAGCCUUUCUUGAAAUUCAACUUCGUAAGGUGGAGGCGGAGCAAGAGAUUUUAGAGGAGAAAAGAAAACUCAUGGAAAAGAAGUUUAGCUUACUUGAAGAGAUGGCAGAACUCGAGGAAUUACAUUCUGUCAAGGAGGACCAGCACACUAUGGACGCCGUUGAUAAAUGGCUAGAAGAAUCGGAACUAUCUAUUAAACUCCAGGACGACCGGAAGAAAAAAGCUCCGCUCAACGUUCAUCACAGCUCCGAGUCAGAGUCCUCAACGGACACCGAUGCUGACUCAGUGAAGAGCGACCCAACGAAAAAGCGGAAUUUCAGACCACAUAAACAGUCUACACCGAAAGGAAUUUCUUCAGGAUCGAUGAGAUCGGGUAAGGCUGGGGCGAAUGCUACCAAAAGCAACCAGAAUGCCUGUAGCCUUGAGCGUAGUCACCUAGCAGCCCGACAAGUGGUUAAAGACCUACCCGUCUUCACAGGGAACCCGGAAGAGUGGCCCAUGUUCGUAUCCACCUAUGAUAGUACUACCACCAUGUGCAAUUUUAAAGAUGAGGAGAAUUUGAUUCGCCUGAGAAAUUGCCUCAAAGGAGAUGCUCUCAACGCUGUGAGGAGCUUCUUAAUUCAGCCAUCGACAGUACCAAAGGCCAUUAACGCGCUUCGUCUGCGAUUCGGUCAACCUCAAUUCGUUAUAAGUGCUCUCAAAGAAAAAAUCCAUUCGAUGCCAUGCCUAAAAGUAGACUAUAUGGACAAGUUGAUAGACUUUUCUUUAGCGGUCCUAAAUCUCAGCGCCACUAUCGACGCGUGUGGUAAAAAAAAAUAUUCACGAGACACCUCGUUAUUGAAAGAUCUCGUCGAUAAACUUCCGGAAGAACUUAGGAUGAAAUGGGCCCGGCACCAGCGUAGUUUGAAGAGAGUCAAUCUUGCGAAAUUUAGCGAUUGGCUUUACACGUAUGCUGAGGAUGCUUGUCUGGUAACGGAACCGCGAAGCUCAAAGAACAAACCUGCUGAUGCCGACCGGUAUGGUCCCCGUAAAAUACGGGCUUCACUCAACACCCACACUGAGUUGGUUGACUCGGAAAGCAGUAUCCACGAAGAAAAAAGUUCAACAUUGACGCAUUACGCUAACAAGGGUUGCCUAGUAUGCAAAGGAAGUUGCAUAAGUCUUGAAAAAUGCAAUAAAUUUCUGGGAAUGACGUACAACCAAAGAUGGUCAGCAGUGCGAGAGAAAACAUUAUGUAAGAAAUGUUUAAAAUUGCAUAGAGGACGUUGUGUGGCACCCGUCUGUGGUCAACAAGGCUGCACAUACAAACAUCACGCCCUGUUACACAAAUAUUCCGAUAGUCCAACGGCGGCACCUGUGGAAAAUUCUGUAUGUAAUACGCAUCAAGUCAAUUCGGGUUCAGCACUACUCAGAUACGUUCCAGUUAAGCUCUACGCAAACGGAAACGAGCUAGAGUGCUUUGCAUUUCUUGACGAUGGAUCCCAUCUUACGCUUCUAGACGAAGAAGUCGCUAACACAUUAGGAAUUGUCGGGGAGAAACGUCCACUUUGCCUUCAAUGGACGGGCGGAACCGAACGGAAUGAAUCCAACUCCCGAGUGGUAAAUCUCCAAAUAUCUGGACUAAACGGUGAAAAACAUCAAUUAGACGGUGUGCGUACUGUUCGUGAGCUCCAACUACCAUAUCAAACCCUCGAUUUCGAUGACAUGAAGCUUAAAUAUAAUCAUCUCUGUGAUCUGCCCGUCCAAUCGUAUCAAAAUGCACGACCACAAAUUCUCAUAGGAAUCAAGCACGUAAAGGUGGCGCUAGUGCAGAAAAGUAGAGAAGGAGAUAUGGACGGUCCCGUGGCAGUUAAAACUCGCCUCGGCUGGUCCGUCUACGGAGGAGGAACAGAUAGUUAUGCUGUGAGCAUGGUCCACUACUCCUUCCACAUACGCUCGAGUGGAAUUGAAGAAGAGGUACACCUGGAAACACAAUUGAACCAAGCGUUAACCGAUUAUUUUGCCUUGGAAAGCCUAGGCAUUACCACUCUGAAAAACGAUAUACGUUCCAAAGAGGAUGAACGAGCCCUGAUGCUCCUCCACGAAAAAACGCGGUUUACCGGCGAACGUUAUGAGACCGGACUCCUGUGGCGAUAUGACCAUAUUCGUCUUCCUAACAAUGAAAGUAUGGCUAGGCGCCGUUAUGAACUUUUGGAAAAACGAAUGAAACAGAAUCCGGAACUGAAGCGAAUGCUUACCGAUAAAAUCACUGACUACAUAGCUAAAGGAUAUGUUGAGAAACUAGCUCCGUCUGAGGGUACCUGGUCCGAUCAGUAUCCGGUUUGGUAUCUACCAAUCUUUCCAGUAACAAACCCGAACAAACCAGGAAAAAUUCGAGUGGUUUGGGAUGCUGCCGCAGCUUACAAUGGUAUCUCACUCAACUCUGUACUGAUGACGGGCCCGGAUCAGCUGGCGUCAUUGGUUACAACAUUAAUCAAAUUUCGAGAACAUCGUUUCGCCGUUAGUGGCGACAUCUGUGAAAUGUUCCACCAAGUCAUCAUAAGAGAACCUGACCGCCAGUGCCAGCGCUUUUUCUGGAAGGACCGAGAGACAGACGAAUUCCCCAGCAAGUACGUUAUGAAGGUCAUGACCUUCGGAGCCAGGUGUUCUCCAUCAAGCGCUCAAUUCGUUAAAGAUGCUAAUGCGGAACGAUUUUCAAAACAGUUUCCCGUCGCCUCGAGCAUUAUCAAGUAUUCAACUUAUGUCGAUGAUGUUCUCUUUAGCGUAGAGAACGAGGAUAAAGCAAUUGAAAUAGCAAAAAAUAUUCGCACUAUCAACGCUGCAGGAGGAUUUCAAACACACAACUGGAUGUCCAACUCGCAGCGGGUUCUGAUGCUGAUGGGUGAGUCACCGAAAACGGAGAAGAGUCUCGAAGUCACCUCGCAGACUACAGGCGAGAAAGUUCUUGGUAUGUUUUGGUGCACCGAGGACGAUUGCUUUACCUUCAAGAUCAAUUGGAGUCGACUGGACUGCGAGCUGCUGAACCUAAAGCGAAUCCCUACGAAGCGUGAAGUCCUAAAAACAUUGAUGUCCAUAUAUGACCCGCUCGGCUUAGUGUCCCAUUAUCUUAUGUUUCUGAAAAUUCUGUUGCAAGAAAUAUGGAGAGCCAAGGUAGAAUGGGACGAGUCAAUUGGAGAAGAAUUUUUCAAAAGGUGGACAGCGUUUAUAAGCGUACUUCCCUCCCUAGAAAACUUAAGGAUUCCUAGAUGCUACCAUCAGAUGUACGAACCUGAUCCGAACGUCAAAGUACAACUGCACACGUUCGUAGAUGCAAGCCAAGACGGAAUGGCUGCGGUGACGUUCCUCCGUUACUAA